AUUGGCGCUCGAUUUGUCCCUGGGCUUGUAGUAAGGCGUUAUGUAGCCAGUUUUCCAUUCAAUGGGUAUGCGCCACUUUCCAUUGAUAGGGUGAAUAAGAAAGACAUAUCGUCACAGCUGUUCCUGAUGACAAUUGAAUUUACGUUGCCUAUUCCCCGUUCCUGCUGAUAGCCGCAAGUUUAUGAUAGCCUACGUGAUACUUUUGACAGUAAAAUUCACAUUAGCGCAUGAACCUGUAGUGAGAAGCAUAAAAGUGGAGGAGUUAAGUGUGCUAGGACUACAUUUUACGAAGGAUUCGCUGAAUAGUUCACAAACUUCGGAGGGAUCGUUACAAACCAUCCCGUUCUGUAAUAAACAGGCCAUACCUCUAGAUGCCUGCAAAAGUUUAUUCAAAAACGAGGUCAGACUAUGCAUCCUAGAGACACUUUUCAGGGCAUUCAGCCCUUCGCUUGUUGAGUCUCCUUCACAUAAGGUCUUUGUUGCCUGAUAAGUGUCGUAGAUUGAGUGCAACGCCAGAAAGUCUUUAGAGGAAUGAUAUAGCUAAGAUAGUUCCCGUUAUUUGUUCCUAGGUAUUUGAGGGAUGUAUUCGUCCGCAUUCUUCACCUUAACCGCUCUCAUAGGAGCAGCGAUAUCUGAAAAUAGCAUAAUACUUCCAUAGGAAAACGAAAGUGACUCUGUUUAUGAGGCCGCUAUGAAGUACUCAUCCCAUGGGCUGCACCUGAGGAGCUCGAUGAAUACCUUCCAGUCCGUGAUAAUGGUUACAGAAACUUGGUGUACCAAUGAUAUUUGCGACGCAGAGAUCUCCAUUGACAACUAUUCCUUGUUCAGGAAGGAUAGACUGCAUGGUAGGGGAGGAGGGUGCAUUAUCUAUGUAAAGUCUGACAUCACUGCUACGCAGUGCCCUACAUCUGAGCUAAACGAGAUUGACGACUCAGUAUGGAUUAUCGCAAAACUUACUCGCUCCACUUCCCUCCUAAUAGGAUGCAUUUACCGGCCCCCUUCCUCCUCAGUCGAAUACGACGACAAGCUAACAAGCGUGUUCGCCCGUGUGGCAACACUACCACACACAGCGAAAAUUAUAUGUGGUGACUUUAACAUGCCAGAUAUAAAGUGGCGACCAAUUAGCUAUCCAGAGCGCUUUGAUAAAUUCAUAAGCAUUCUUGAAACAGAGGGUUGGCAACAACAUGUGGAACACCCUACCAGGUACAAUAGUGUCCUGGACCUAGUCUUCACAAACGGAACCACACCCACAAAACUCCAAGUGGGUACACAACUUCCAGGUAGCGAUCACAAGGUUGUAUAUGGAUACUUCAAUAUAACCAGCACAAAAGUGGCCCAAAAGUCAGGAACAGUACUAACUAGAAAUUACAAGUAUGCCAAAUGGGACGAACUACAAUCGUUUCUGCGCUGCCUAGAUUGGAGCCCCUACUUUACCAACAGUUCAGCCAAAGAACUCUGUGAUCUAUUCUAUGAAUAUAUAGGCACAGCUCAAGACUAUGUUGCUCCACCGCUCCGAAGAGAAAUUAAGAAAAACAGAGCUGACUAUAUACCAAAGAAAGUACGCAUCCGCAUGCGAAACCAUGUCAGAGAGUACUAUAAGUCGAAUGACUUUUCGUCGCUUGUCACACUCAAAGACACAUACGACACAUUCAAGGCAGAAAGAGUAAUAGAAGCCGUUAAACAAGAACGCAUCCAAUGUAGUAAAACUAGUAAUACAGAAGCACUAGUGAGACUGAUGAAAACCCGGAUAAGUAGCUCCAGAAAUAGUACCCCUAGUUUAAUCAUGGACAACGGCAUCCUCUACGAUAACCCACUACAAAUCAGCGAGCUGUUCGGUUACCAGUUUGCUAGCUGCUUUACACAAGAGGACGAAAUAAAAGUCAUUGGUGCACCGUCAACACCAACUCACUCCAUAAGUACAGUGCUCUUCUCUAAACAAAACAUUUCUCUAGCUAUAGCAUCACUUCGAACCUCAUACAGUGCGGGGCCUGAUGGAAUUCCAACCAUCUUGUUAAAAAGAGGUGGCGAAGAUAUACCGCUGAUUCUCUUGAAGCUCUUUAAUACGUCCCUCUCCAGUGGCAAUUACCCUGAGAACUGGAAACUAUCAUACAUAUGUCCUAAGCAUAAAUGUGGACCAACAUCUAAUAUAGAAAACUACCGACCUAUAAACAUCACGUCAGUAGUAUCCAGGACUAUGGAAAAGGUGAUUGUGAAAGCAGUUGUCGACUAUAUGACGACUAACCAAUUACUCUCACCAGCACAACAUGGAUUCUUGAAAGGCCGGUCAUGCACUACAAGCUAUCUUGACUAUCUAGACAACGUUACAAGCAAGCGUGACCAAGGCCUAUUUGUAACUACCCUUUUCUUAGACUUCAAGCAAGCAUUCGAUAAGGUGCCUCACAAACGCCUGGUCACUAAGUUGCAAUCAUAUGGUUUCCGAGACCCGUUACUGUCCUGGCUCAGAACAUCUUUAGAGGGUCGCUUCCAAGUAGUAAAAUUCAGUAAUUGCUACUCCACCCCUAGACUUAUACAAAGUGGUGUCGUCCAGGGUAGUGUGCUAGGACCGAUACUUUUCCUAAUCUAUGUAAACGAUAUCUGCAGUGUUAUCCGAAAUGGCAUACCCUACCUUUUCGCUGACGACUUGAAGAUAGUCUACAGCUUUUCUCCUGCAGCACUAACACAGGGUUUCUCUCAAAUACAAGAAGAUCUGAAGAGGAUAUUCAUAUGGAGCGAGACCUGGCAGCUCCCUCUAAACCCAAAUAAAAGUGGCAUCCUCCAUUUCAAUAAAUCCCACCCAGAAGUAACGCUACACUUGGGUGAUAUUGCACUGCAGGUAUACAACACUGUGAAAGACCUCGGAAUCACUUACUCCAGAAGUUUGACUUUUACGGAGUAUGCAGACUCAGUAGUUUCCAAGGGCAGAAGACUCAUCGGUCUUCUACACAGAAACAUACUCAUACCUGAGGCAAAACUUAUACUGUACAAGGCUAUGGUUCGCCCAAUAUUAGAGUACUGCACCGUUAUCUAUGGUAGCAUGAAUGUGUCGGACAGAAUUCGAGUAGAGAACAUUCAACGGAACUUUACUCGGCGCCUACUAAUACAUAACGAAGGACUUCCUUACGAAGCAAGAUGCAAAAAACUAGGACUAGAAUCACUCUGGCUGAGACGCCUGAAGCUCAACUUAACACUUCUUUUUCGUCUUUUAUUUACAAACCCUAAAACGAAAUGUGCUGUCACUUUUAAAACAACACAGGCAUAUAAUCUGCGUAAUAGCGAGAACAUCAUCCCAAUAAAUAAGUAUCGCUCAAAACUUCGAUGUAGGUUUUUCAUAACGCAAUACAGUAUGCUGUGGAACAAACUUCCCGCUCCUAUACGAGCAUGCCGUUCGCUCGGCCAGUUUCAACGACUACUUAGUAAAUUCCUCCUAUCUAACGAAUCUCAUCAAUUCGUUGACGGCCAAACCACAAACGGUAAUGCCAUGCACUAAGGUACUACUGGUACCUAGACUCAAGGGAGACUAACAGCAAUGACAUAAGUAUACAAUGCCGAAAACUAAACGCAAUAGUUAAGUUAAAAUCUAAUUUCUUAGAAAAAAAAUGACCAAGAGUGAACAGGAAGCGGAGUGCGACACGAUAUGCUACAGUGAACUUAUUAGAUACUCAAAUGUAACCUACUUUUCUUCACAACCUAACCGAUCUCACGACUUAACACCUAUUUCCUAAAAAUCGCCCCUUAAAGUAAUCUCUCUACUCCGAAAAGAUAAAAGAACUGUCUGUCGGUGCAUUUUCAUAGCAUGCAACUCUUUAUUAUUUGCCCUUUGUCAUCAGUACUUACAUCUAAGUACUCUGCACCAACAUAGUUUCGGUAGACCCGAUAUGGUAAUGCUCAACAGGCAACACCAUGAUCAUCCCCUCGUGACCAGAUAAAGGGUGGUGGUCCUAAGAAAAAAAAAAACCACGAAUUUCACCUAAAUGUUUAUAACUUCAUCAUACGCUUGUACAUAGGUAUAUAACAAGUUAAUACCUGGUCAAAUAUCCUCUAAUCUUUCUAUUUCGUAGUGAUAUCUUCAGCUUCAGACUGACUUUCAUUACUGUCGUGCGCACCUUCAUCUUCUUCCACCUAAGCUUACCUCUAAACAGUUGGUUCUGGACACUUCCUCAAAUUUACUUAACCAGUCCUGCAUUCAAAUGGAAUCCUACAAAUCGCAUUCGUCAGCGGGAAAUAUUGCCACCGAAACCUGAUGACGAACGCGCACACCUCAAGGUCAUGACUGUGAUGCGGCCUCACCUUCAAGAAUAUUGGAUGAUUCAAACGAUGACCGGAUAAUCUUCAAAUUCGAACUGAGCCUGCUUCAACAUGCCUCCUAUAUGCCAUAAAUCACAGCAUCUAAUGUAUAGCAUAACAUUGUACAUAAUAGUCAUCUCUCAUUACCAAAGUGAUCAAACCUGUAAACUGGUUUGUAUUCAUGUAACCUUUGUUGUAUGAAAUAUAUUAUUAAAUUACUUUUGUAGCUACGGUAC